GAUCUUGGUGCGACUGGUUUAGGACGACCCUCUGGAAGCUUCAAAAAUUUUGAUGGACCGAGAUGGCGAUUUCCAUGUCAACGUAGACGGGUUAGCCAAUCGCCUGCGAGGUUUUGGUCGUCUGUAUGUUAGUGUCUGUUUGUGUUCAGCUAGCAGGUAGGGAAGGCAAUGGUGCUACUUUCCCAGAAUCCAGUCGGGAUCGUUGAUGGAUUCCAGCACUCGGGAUAACGGUCGGAGCGAUGACCGCACCACAGCACCAGCUUCUGACGACAAGGCUAGUGGGACGAGGCGGAAACCGGACUGCCCCAGCGCCGAAAGUGAGCGCCACAACGACGCAACGAUUCCCGAGGCUGGAUAUGAAGCCGAGGUGGACAGCGACGCUGAAGACCUGUACGCUGUCGACGAGGAGAAACUCGUCGAGCUGGAGAAAGACAUGACGGAAGAGGAGAAAGCGUCUCGCAGGGAACGGGCGCAGCAGCUGAAGGCCACUGGCAAUGGCAGCUUCAAGGAGGGCCUCUACAUGGAAGCAUUGGAGGCCUACACCGAAGCCCUGCGCAUCUGUCCGCUUGACUCGACCCAAGAGCGGUCGGUGCUCUUCUCAAACCGCGCUGCCACCUGGACAAGACUGGAGAAAAACAAGUUUGCAGUAAAGGAUUGCACAAGAGCCAUUGAGCUGAACCCCACCUACCUGAAACCUGUGCUGAAGAGGGCCCAGCUUCACAAAGAACUGGACAACUUGGAUGACUCGCUCAAAGACUACCAGCGCGUCUUGGAAUUGGAUCCCAGUGUCGGCGAGGCUCGUCACGCUUGCAUGGCUCCCAAGACCCCUGCACAGGCUCCCAAGACCCCUGCACAGGCUCCCAAGACCCCUGCACAGGCUCCCAAAACCCCUGCACAGGCUCCCAAAACCCCUGCACAGGCUCCCAAGACUCCUGCACAGGCUCCCAAGACUCCUGCACAGAUUGCCAUGACUCCUGCACAGAUUGCCAAGACUAAGGUACAGAUAUCCAAGACAGCUGCACAGAUCCCCAAGGCUGCUGCAGGUCAUGAAGGAAAGGAAAGUACUGAUGGUGCUGGAGAUGGACCCUCACUAAAGAGAAAAGGAGUAAAUCGUAUGCCUCGCGCUGAAAAGCUCAGGCAGCCGCCCCAAGAAUCAGGAGAGGCCAGCAUCAUGUCCCGUGAGAAGCACCUGGUUUAUUUCCUAUCAUUGGAACUGAACAGGGCAUACUGUGUAAAAUAACUGGACGAUGUUACUGGUUACAGCAUGGAUAAUGGGUUUAAUGGGACGAUGCCCGUUUCAAGCUCGCACCGUGGCGUAUAAAAUUGGAUGCUUCCCCUCAGAGUCCUCUCGUCAUCGUCGUCGUCUUCUCUUCUUCACCGAUCGCUGUUGAAAAUAUUCAACCGGCUGC